AUAAAAUUCAGAUACUCGGUUUUCCAGAAACCAGACCCUGCAGUUCUGCAUCAGUUAGACCUGCGGUGAGAGAUUUAUUGGAAGAAAAGCCCACAACUGGAAGCAAACUACCACUGAAAACGAGGGAACAGCAACAAGUGAACCAGCCCGAGAACUGAGAGUAUCAACUGGAGAGAACCCUUCUGAAUCAGAGUUUCCAUUGAUUCAGUCAGGAGAAAGUUUGGGCAUCACCAGCAGGUGGAGCUUUCCGGCUCCAGACGACGACAAGACGACGACAACCAACAAUCGUCAGGCACAAUCAGAAUGGCCAAAGGUAGGAAAUCGAAACAAGUAGCGAAAAGACUGAAGAGGUUUUUAACAGGCGGAUCAUCGAGGGAAGAUGAUCGGGACACGGGAAACAAGGUACCAAAGCAGGGUCAGAUUGAGAGCGAUGUCCCAAUGGAAUGCGGUCCGGCCGCAGCGGAAGUGGAGCAAAUUCAGCCCAGAGACAGUGACGUCAGAGACACUGAGCAGGACCCUGGAACCGGUACAAGUGAGGUGACUGUCUGUCAGCCCAGAGACAGUGACGUCAGAGACACUGAUCAGGACCCUGGAACUGGUACAAGUGAGGCGACUGUCUGUCAGCUCGGAAGUUCAUUGAACAUGGAAUUGUCAAGUCACCAACAAGGAGCUGAGCCAGAGUUUACAAUCUCUGACCUCCUGGCAAAGGGGGAGGAAUAUCGACUGUACCAACUGACGAAGUUCUACAGGGACAGACUCAAACAAGCGAUUGAAGAAAAGGUUGAGAGACUCGGUUUGUGGUUGACAGAGGAGGGACAUUUCAGUAGAGAAGAAAAUGAGAAAGUCACUGAACUGACAGAGAAGGGAAACCGGACAGAGAGUUCCAGACUCUUCCUCAGUUUGGUGAUGGGGAAAGGCUCCCGGGCCCGGAGGGCGAUGUGGGAAUCCUUUGUGACAUGGAGGACUGAGCUGCCGAAGUUGGACAAAAUACUGAAGGAAAUACAAGAGCUUGGUCCUAAUCCACAGGAAUACAUGAAUAUCGCCCAAGGGUUAUCUGAAUUACCCACUCAACUGAUAGAUGUUCAACAGAAACACAAGGAGACUCUGCGGGUACAAACUGACACAGUGAGAGUGAACACGAUCCUGAUGAGGGAGAAGGUGAAGGUUUUCCAGCUGGUUGAUCGAUACGCUGAGCUCACGGUCAUUUCUACUGUUCGAGAUCGGAGACUGGUGGAACAUGAGCUGCUGGCAAGAGGCAGAGACCACGAGGAGUGGAGAGAGGAACAUCUGCGCAGAGAGCUGGAAAAAAUACGGACCGAUCAGUUGUUCCAGAGCAGCUUUUCCCGAAGUAAAUCCAAAUCUGGGACUUCGGCAGCAGUGGCCGGAGUCCCGGGGAUUGGGAAAACAACAAUGGUACAAAAGAUUGUUUAUGACUGGGCUACAGGGAAAAUAUACCAACAAUUCCAGUUUGUCUUCAGUUUCAAAUUCCGGGAUUUAAACUCCAUUAACUGCAGAAUAAACCUGAGGGAACUGAUUCUAGAUCAGUAUCCUUACUUUGGGAAUAUCCUAAGACAUGUCUGGAAGAACCCAGAGGGAUUGCUGUUUAUAUUCGAUGGUUUAGAUGAAUUCAAACACAGAAUCGAUUUUGCUGACAGUCGGAGAGACACAGAACCCAAGCACCAGUGCCCAGAUCCCGAGUGGUGGUGUGAAGUGUCUGACAUUGUGUACAGUUUAAUCCAUGGCAAGCUGCUCCCAGGGUGUUCAGUGCUGGUGACCACCCGUCCCACUGCGUUACAUUUAUUGGAAAAGGCGGAGAUCAAUGUCUGGGCUGAAAUCCUGGGAUUUGAUGGUGAAGAACGGAAAGAAUAUUUCAUCAGGCAUUUUGAUGAUCAGACGGUGGCGGAAGCUGUUUUCAAACACGUGAAGGAGAACGAAAUCCUGUACACCAUGAGCUACAACCCCUCCUACUGCUGGAUCCUCGCUCUGGCACUGGGCCCCUUCUUCACACAAAGAGUCAGGGACCCGCAGCGAGUUCCCAAGACCAUCACCCAGCUAUAUUGCUACUAUAUUUACAACAUCCUGAAAAACCACGGCCGUGAGAUUGAGAACCCCCGUGAUGUGUUACUCAGGGUUGGUCAGAUGGCCUUCAGAGGAGUGUCCGAGAGGAAGAUUGUGUUUACUGAUGGGGAUUUGAUCAACUACGAACUGCAGCCUUCCCAGUUCCUGUCCGGGUUCCUGAUGGAGCUUUUGGUGAGAGAGGAUUCUGCCCAGAGCGUGGUGUACACAUUCCCACACCUCACCAUCCAAGAGUUUGUUGCUGCAGUCGCACAAUUCCUGACUCUACAUCCCAGGAAAAUCCUGAAAUUCCUCACUGAAGCCCACAACACGACAGAUGGUCGAUUUGAGGUAUUUCUCCGUUUUGUUGCUGGUCUCUCCAACCCAAUGACAGCUCGGGGCCUGGAGGAGUUUCUGGGUCCAUUUCCUCAUCAAACAACGUGCCGGGUGAUUGACUGGGUGGGGGAGGAGGUUAAACGCCAGAGUGGAAACACAAGGUGUUCAGCCAAUAAAAGGAGCCUCCUGAACACAUUGCACUACCUGUUUGAGUCUCAGAAUCGAGGACUGGCUCAGGCCGCACUGGGAUCUGUGGAAAAACUUUCAUUCGGUGGAAUGACACUGACCCCGAUUGACUGCGCGGUCCUGUCUCGUGUCAUCGGACUCUGUGAUACAAUAAAACACCUCGACCUGGAGGACUGCCACAUUCAGUGUGAAGGAAUCCAGCGGCUGGGACCCGGGCUGCACAAGUGCCAGGAGUUGAGACUCGGGGGGAAUAAACUGGGAGAUUCAGGAAUGAAACGGGUGUCUGCGGCUCUGAGGAACCCGGAGUGUAUAAUACAGAAACUCCGGCUGGAGAAUGUUGGUCUCUUAGAUUCUGGUGCCGAGGAUCUCGCCUCCGCUCUCAGUGCAAACACGUCACUGACGGAGCUGAACAUGAGCGAUAAUAAACUUGGAGAUUCAGGAGUGAAACUGGUGUCUGCGGCUCUGAAGAACCCGGAGGGUAAAAUACAGAAACUGGGGCUGAAGGAUGUCGGUCUCACAGAUUCUGGUGCCGAGGAUCUCGUAUCCGCUCUCAGUACAAACCCAUCACUGACGGAGCUGGACCUGAGUCAUAAUAAAUUGGGAGAUUCAGGAGUGAAACUGGUGUCUGCGGCUCUGAGGAACCCAGAGUGUAAAAUACAGAAACUGCGGCUGAACAGUGUCGGUCUCAAAGACUCUGGUGCCGAGGAUCUCGUCUCCGCUCUCAGUACAAACCCAUCACUGACGGAGCUGAACCUGGGAUUUAACUCGCUGACAGACCGAUCUGUCCCCGCUCUCCGCCGCCUCAUACUGACCCUCCCGAGUCUGGACUGGACCUGGCUGGCGGGGAAUCAGUUCAGUGAGACCGGGGAGAAGGAACUGAGAUCUCUGCAGGAACAUAAACCCGGACUGACAGUGGUGCUGUGAAUAUCUGAAUGUGUGAACAUCCCCGCGGGAUGGGAACAUUUUGGCCGAUUCCCUGCCCUCCCCUUUUACUCCCGCCUUCCCCUUUAACUGCCCGCCCUCCCCUUUAACUCCCGCCCUCACCUUUAAUGGCCGCUUGCCAGGUGUUAACGGAAGUGGCUCUUGUCUCCUGCAGUGUGUCGUUCGUUGUUCUCCCGUAGUGACGUAUUUCCGUCUCCUGUCCAGCGGCACUGCUUCCGCCGGAUGUGCGGGUUCGAGACUCCCCCACGUGAGACCCCGGGGAAUUACACAGACAGGAAGAGACGGGGUCCGGGGCUCAGUCUGGGACACCGGUGUCCCGGGCUGGGAUUAUCCCGGGAGAGAAUCCUUUUGCUCCUUUUGCUGAGGACGGUCCAUUCGGCAGUCUGGCCGAUAUAAUGAUGUUAAAUUGACCAAUACCUCGACAGUGUCCCUGGAUCUGCAGCGAUCUCGGACACGGCCCUGAAGUGUGAUUUUAUAAUCAUCGGUUCCCCGAUGCAGAGUGACGGUGGGAAACGAGACUGAUUAUUCAAAUGUUACUCGUUGUCGCCGGUCAGUUAAUUGUGUGUGACUGUGAGUGAAUCGGGAGCAAUAUAUUUAUUCCCGCACGUCAGCAGCUCACACAUUGUUUAAUUUACAUUUGUCAUGAUGAAAUCAAUAAACCGCUGUAACUUCCUGUCUUGGUGUCGGAUUUGAGUUUU